AGGAAAAGGUCAGCGCAUGCGCGCUCCGACGCUUGGCCUUCAGCGAGAGAAAAGAGCCUGGGAGACGAGAAGGGUCGUGUGCGCAAGCGCUGAAGUAUAGUAGUUGGGGAGGAGGGGGGGCACCUUCCAGCUGGCGGACAUGUCGGUGCAAGAGGACCCGGUUCAGCGCGAGAUCCACCAGGAUUGGGCCAACCGCGAGUACAUCGAAGUGAUCACCAGCUCCAUCAAGAAGAUAGCGGACUUCCUUAAUUCCUUCGAUAUGUCCUGCCGCUCCCGCCUGGCCACGCUCAACGAGAAGCUGACGGCGCUGGAGAGGCGGAUCGAAUACAUCGAGGCCCGGGUAACAAAAGGUGAAACGCUGACAUAGGCCUGGUGGAGGCUGGCAGGGAGCCAAUCUGGAAAAGAAUGUGCAGCAGUUUACAAAGCUGAUGAUCAGACAUCAAGUUUCUUCAUUACUUAAUAUGAAUGGGAGUUAUGCUUGUCUCUGUCCCUUGGGAAGCUGCCUCCCCCAUUUGGAGCCUGUGACUUUGUGCAGGUGAUUCCACCUGAAACUGCUAAAUUGUACAAGAGCAUGUUUAAUUAUGUGAUUUUAUACAAGCAGAUUUACACGCUUGCAGAGCCCUCUUGCUUUGCAAUAACAGAAUCUUUAUGGAACCAAAUCUUUGUUUCUGGGAACACAAUGAUGAUGAUGAUGUUUUUUAACGGUCAAAACAGACCAGGAUGUUGGGACCAUGCAUAGUGGGCAGCUUUAGUGGCAGUUUCAAUAUAUACAGUAAGAGCAUCCUGUGGCUAGCUUUUGGUGCUGGAAGGUAUCAACUCAUUUUGCUGCAAUUGCCCAACAGAAUAAAUGUGCAGUAUGGGGGGGGGGGAAGAGAAGACCAUGUGCCAAGGGAGGGGUGGCUUAGUUUUCUUAAGUAUUUUGUAUUCUCUGAUGUAACUUGGAAUGUCUUUUUUUCCAUUCGUGUUUCAACAAUAAAACCUCCUCUGUUUAACA